UCUACUUUGUUCGCGUGCGAGAAGCGCGAGACGAUUAAAGGGAAAGGCAUUUUUAAAGCAACCUUUUCGAUCUGGUUCAGUUACAAAAUUUCGACAACUGAGAUCCAACAAUUUGGAUACUCCUAGCAUGAGGACUUCAACAUUCGGUAACUGUUGGCUCUUGGUGCUCAGAACCUUCACCUCAGCGCAGUACAGAAUGUUCUUAGUUAACAAUCCGUGGUCGCGUUCUCGCCUCAUUGCAGGAUUUCUUCUCACCUUGGUGGUACUCCUGAUUAUAAGUUUUUCCUUCAUAAACAAUAACUCCUGGCCACGACUAACCUAUGUAUCGACUAACCAGAAAUAUACUAUACAACGACAGGUCAGAAGCUACAAUCGGUUACAACCCCUCAUAGACAUGUUUAACAACGCGUCAAAAGACGAAGUGUUAAAUGGCCACAGGCAAACCGCACCCCUUGAAGAUAAAUUGGCAUCAGUAGCGCAUUCCGUGAUAAAUAUGAGCAGUUUACAAGAAGUCGUUAACAAAGUCUCUGUUAUGUUAUUGUUGAUUGUUACCACGGCUCCUUCAAGAUUUGACAGAAGAGAAGCAAUCAGGGCAACGUGGUGGAAAAACUGCGAUGGAACUGAGGUUAAGUGUGUGUUCUUCACCGAUGGUCUCCGGUUGACUACAGACCUACAAAAAAAUCUUUCCGCGGAGCAGAAGAUUCACAGGGAUAUUGAGUUUAUGCCAUUUGAAGAAACAAGAAUUUUUGGAAUACGCUUCUUGUACCAGAUAUUGUGGGCGAAAGCAAAAUUUAAAUUCAAGUUUAUGUUACACAUGGAUGAUGACUAUUUCUUAUGCUUGGAAAACCUUAAAUCGGAGUUGUAUCAUAGACCGAGCAAAUCGUUAGUCUGGGGUUCAUAUCACUGCUCAUUUAAAGACAUCAUUUAUGUCGAUGAAGCGUGGAUAGUAUUUUCUUCGGACGUUAUUGAGCGGUUCCUCUCACAAGACCCACAGACAAUUUUAUGCCAUCCACAUAGCGAUCAACAAAUUGCAGUUUGGCUUAGUACUUUGAAUGGCAGUAAGGUGACUUUGAUAGAAUUUCACGAUCAGCGGCUUCAUCACUACCCGCCAGCAAGACAGCUAGACCAUUUCAAGAAUUUUCCUCGGAUUUGUGACAAAUAUCUUGGCGUGCACGGCAGCUCUCCAGAAAUGAUUACCAACUUUUGGCGCAAUAGCGCAGAUAAGCGUCUAAUUCUAAAACUUCCAAAAUUAACUCGUAUUACGGAGACGUGCCAUUUUCCUAAUGUGUUUAACAUCUCUAAAGUGGCUGGAAUGUAUCAGUUUGAUUUGAGACCGUGUAUAACAAACCCACGAUGGACACCCGGUGAAGGAAUGUGGCGUGGUACACAAUGAAAUCGGAGUCAGAAAAACACCAGCAUAAAGAAGAGAAAUCUGUAUCGAUGUGACCGUCGAAUGACUCCAUGUUUCUCCUAACUAAAAUCGUCCGUCUAAUACGGAUUCGUCUAACAAUAAACAUGAGGGCUCUUCGUUCUUGAAGAGGAAAGCUGCUAAAAACGUCAUUUACUACUCGCAACGCUCUCAGACCACUGCGAGAAAUUUUACCAUAGAAUAAAACAAAGUCAGCACACCUUUUUCUUGAUAAAGCAACUCUUCAGUUCAUGUCAAGAUGUUCGCGUCACGAAGUCCUUCCUUCGCGCUCUGAGAAAAAAUUUGAAAUUAACCGAAAAAUAACUGGCGAGAAAUUGGUUUGAAUGGAUAUAGGGGGGCUAACUUCUUUUUUUUUUUUUCAAUAAGAAAUGUUUGCACCAUCAGAUGACAGUAUACAAACUGAAAUACUUGAUCGUGGGUAAUGUAGCUGUCAUUCACUAAGUGAGUGAUGCUUUAAGUAAUCUGGUACGGAGCUUUCGCUAAGAUAAACUCAGAAGGAUCAACUUUGAUUCUACCCAGUUCAGUACACUCAAUUUUCAUGAAAUAAUGGCAAACCUAGUGAAUACCACCUAACACAAACUGACAAGUCCGGAAAUAAUGGGGAUGAUCAAUAACCCGGAUUUUUCAAUGCCUGGUGACUCCCUCCCUGGGACUCGGUAAGGCUUUUGGUAAAUGCGUUUCCUUCAAGUCUUCAUUAUUGUGUUUUAGUGUACCAAACUGGAAAGAAUUUCGAUGGCGAGUCAUUCACGUUGGUCACUUUGUUGGCACUGAACGGCAAAAAAAUCAAUAAAAAGUUUGAAAACUGAAAACGCAUGAGGAAAGCAUUGCAGUGAUCUUGGAACAUCUCUUCAAAUUUUACCAUGUUCCCAUUUUUCUAAGUUCCAUCAUGCAGAAAACGGGAAGCAUCUUUUUUGUGAUCGAAGACGGUUCUCACUGAUGACCACCAUCUUCUUGCGGAUUUGGAAACUAAAUGAUUAACAGCCAUUAAUAAUUUAAAAAUCUUGCUGAUCUGACCAUAAACAUUCGCCACUUACAACAGUGGAGCUGAAGUGCAUACAAUAAUGAUGGUAAAACGGGCAUCCUACAACUUCCGAUCAAAA